AUGGAACGAGCCGCCCUUAUCAAGACCUUCCCGACCUCAGAGGUGUGGGAGACCAUCCAUCUAGGGGAUUACUGGAUGGACGGGGUCUCAGCCCUCCACUCUGAUGAGCAUCCAUUGUGGAAGGGCUAUAUUGAUGUUGAAGAGAUCACCACUGACCACACGCCUCCCUUCUACCGGCAACUCACAUCCGAACAAUUCCAAGCCCUGAGGGUGAUCCUUGAGGACAGUUCUUUGAAAAUCUUCCCCUCUGAGGCCUUUGGCCGGUGGUGGCCGCGCCAUUUCACUCUAAAUGGAAAAGCUAAAGACACAAAGACCGCCCCCAUCACCGCUGAAGAAGCCUUGUCCCUUGAAGAUGCUAAACCUCUUGUCAGAACCUUUAUGUAUCGAGGAAAACCUAUGGUCAAUCUUCCGAAAAGCCUGCUCCCCAACUCCACUGAUGUGAGCCCUAUACUUCCUGCUGCACAGCAGAAGGAACUUGAAGAGAAAACAGCCAUGAUUGCAGCCAAAGAUGUCGCGAUUAGGCAGCUGGAAAAGACGAAGGAAUCCCUCAUGAAAAAGGUGGAGGAUCUGGAGACAAGCAAUGCGGAGUUUGUUAGCAGGAAUACCUCCCUGAAGAUGGAACUAUCAUCCGCCCUGCAAGUCCCCCUGCCCCCUGAGGCAGUCAACAAAUUGCACUGCGCCAUCGAACAUAUUCGUUCUGUGUUACCUGUCGGUGCGGCUGGAACCAACAAGAGGCCUCUUGGGGAGACUACAACUGUUGGAAGCAAGAGCAAACGAGCAAGAUCUACAACUGUUACAAGGGGCGCAAGCGCCUUAAACAUCCUCCGAAGCAUGAGCGAGAUCCCCUCCCACGAUGGUGCUAAGGACCCGAAGAUAUCGAACCCGCCAACCCAAGAAACAUUAAUGCAAGAGGUCAACAGGGAAGAGUCCCUGCCCCCUUUGGCUGGCCUAGAGGAUACCCCGACCACUGUCAUUACUCCAACCCACACUAUGCCAUCACCUCCCACCCCGAUCAAAGCCAAUGCCAGGUUUGACACCCGGCCUCUAGCAACAACAGAUGGUGAAAUCAAAGAGAUUUUAGACACCAUCAUGCAGCACAUCCUACAUUUCAGUGGAGGUUUGACCUUAUGGCGCAAAGAUGAUUAUUAUGAUCUACUCAAGGCUGGGGCCCCCUAUCCAAGGUUGCUGCAGGAGCUGGACUCCAGAGGGAUUGAGUUGAACAAGCCCUGUCUCAGAAAAGACAUAGCUUCAGUAUUCAAAGCACGCCCCACCUCACAGCUCUCAGAUCAGAUGGAAAAAAGUCCAGCUUCAACUACUGCUGUCUCAGAGGCUUCUAGUUCCUCUCUGACUUCACUUGGAGAGGACUCCGAACAAUUUGAAACCCCUGAACCUUCUUAUAGCCCCGGGAACCUCCUCUCUAGAUUGAAAUACCCUGUCUCCCAAUGCCUCCAGCGACAACUAAAGUACACAGUCCUUCUGAAGCUUGAGGUUAUUGAACCACAACCAUCUCAAAAAGGAGAACCCUCUGCAGUGAUCUCUGAACUUAAACUGCAGGAAGCAGAGCGUCUAUUUCUAAGCAUCUUACUCGAAGGCCUCCAAGAAAAGGUUACUGGACUACUAAGGAUUGCACUGUGGUUCCCCACUAUACUGUGGCUGGCGGUCGCAGUAUAUAGGUGGUGGAUUGGGUGGCCACGCCCGCUGUGGGCCGAGCCACACCACCACGCCCACGGCUCCCAGAAACAAAGGUCUGUAUAUAACAAUUUCAUAGGAUCAAUCAGGUCCUAUGAUUCAUAUGAGUCCCUUGUUAAUCGCCUUUGGGUGUAUGGUGGUCAGCUAGAACCCGAUGAGCUCAAGGACCAGAUUCUCAACUAUUCACGUCCAAUCCUCCUUCUGGAACUUUAUUCACCCCAAAGGCCUUAUAACCUUCUUGCUGUCUUCCGGACCAAAACCUGGGCUCCAGAAGCAACUAAUGACUUCUGGACUGAGAUAUUCAGCCACCUGGACUCUCAUAACAAUCGUAAAGCGGAUGACAAGAUUUCCUUUGAGGACGAAGUCGGUCUGACUAUCAUUCCAGGGGACACCUUCACACUCCUUGAGUUGUUUAAUCACUGGGAUAGCCAAAAAUGGAACUUUGAAAAGAGAGAGAUAGGAGCGAGUAUCCUAGAGUGGGCAAGUUUAUAUGAACAUUAA